GACUAAGCGUCUCAAGGUUGCUUCCAUCAACGCGGCUCCAUAGCUACCUUGCCAUCUCCAAAAGCUUCGAAUUACAAUUAUACCAACUUCUUCGCCCUAUCACUCAAACAACCCACUUUCUCUCCAAGUCUUCCCACGGAAUAACCAAACCUACUACCUGAACAAUCAAGAUGUCAGAACGCGACCUUCAGACAAUUAUCCAAAAACUCAAAUCCCCAUCAACAUCCUACCAAGAGAGCUCAUCACUCCUCUCCAAAGCCAAACUCACACUUCUCAAAUUAAAUGCCUUGACUCCACAAGCAUCAACAUCACCCUCCAUAUUAUCUCUUGCUCGCGAAGUCUUCGAAACCGGUGCUCUAGUUUCCAUCCGGGCAAAGGACCCAGCUGGUUUCACACGUUAUGUUCAUCAAUUAACUCCAUACUACGAGCUUCCAGACGACAAAUUUAGCGCCAAGAGUUCGGGAGAGAAGAACAAGAUUACAGGAUUAUAUCUUUUGUUGUUGUUGACACAGGGAGAUUAUGCGGGCUUUCACACGGAAUUGGAGGGGUUGGAGCUGAGGGAGGAUGGCGGAAAGAGGGUUGAGGAAGAUAAAUAUUUGGGAUAUCCAAUUAAGUUGGAGAGAUGGUUGAUGGAGGGUAGUUAUGACUUGGUUUGGAAGGCAAUGGAGGGUGGUAAGGUGCCGAGUGAGGAGUAUGGAGUUUUCAGUGAGAUCUUGGUUAACCAAAUUCGCUCUGAAAUUGCUUCGUCUUCGGAAACAGCAUAUCCAUCUUUACCUAUUUCAUCCACAAAGAAUCUCCUCUUCCUGCCAUCAGAAGGAGCAGUAGUGCAAUUUGCGCAACACAGAGGAUGGUUGAUUGAAGAUGGACGCAUAUACUUCCCUAAUCAAAAGUUGAAGAAUGGUGUGAAUGUGGAUGCCGGAGAGGUCGCCGAGGAGAAGGAAGUUAGUAUGACAGCUAUUGAGAAUACCCUUGGUUAUGCUAGAGAGUUGGAGACGAUUGUAUAAGCUGAAUACCGUUUCUGGCUGUGCAUGAUAUUUGAAUGAUGCGAGGGGUGGAGGGAUGGAAGGAUGGAAAAUGAUAUGCAUAGAUGAGAGGAUAGCAUAAGAAAUCAUGAGUGUAACUUUAGAUAGCGGGCAUGGCAUAAUAUCCAUAUGAUAUUUCGAUGACUUAAUUUCACGCUUGCAUAUUCUACUUUGAAUGUUGAUUAUAUCAAAAGUUGUCAAAAACUGUGUUAGAUCACUUCUUGGAUCUACCAAUAGCCAACCGUAUUCCA